GCGCACGCCCACUCUGGAGCCGGACACGAUGCACGCGCGCCUGCGCCUGUCAGCCGACCGCUUAACUGUUCGUUGCGGACUGUUGGGCCGCCUGGGGCCCGCGCCCGCGGUGCGCUUCGACGCGCUGUGGCAGGUGCUGGACCGGGACGGCUUCGCCGCCGGCCGCCACUACUGGGAGGUGGACGUGCAGGAGGCCGGCGCCGGCUGGUGGGUGGGCGCGGCCUACGCCUCCCUGCGGCGCUGCGGCUCGUCGGCGGCCGCCCGCCUGGGCUGUAACCGCCAGUCCUGGUGCCUCAAGCGCUACGACCUCGAGUACUGGGCCUUCCACGACGGGCAGCGCUGCCGCCUGCGGCCCCGCGACGACCCCGACCGGCUGGGCGUCUUCCUGGAUUUCGAGGCCGGCGUGCUGGCCUUCUACGACGUGACGGGCGGCAUGACGCACCUGCACAGCUUCCGCGCCGCCUUCCAGGAGCCGCUCUACCCGGCCCUGCGGCUCUGGGAAGGCGCCAUCAGCAUCCCCCGGCUCCCCUAGCGGCCGGGACCGGAGUGG